UCAUAUGUUUUUCGAUAUUUUAAUCGUUCUGAAUUUCUUGUUAAAAUACGUAAUCGAAAUUGUAAGAAACUAAAUAUUGGGAUAAUUUUAUUGAAGAAAAAUAGUUUUAUGUUUUAAAUGACUUAUUUAGUCGAUUUCGACCAUCGUCCCACAUGUACCUACUGUCAAACGUGCUAAGAAAUGCGUUCCAAUCGAUUAUUGGCGAUGUUUAACAUACCCAGUGCACUAUCUCGUUUACACUUGUUGAUUCUUCACUGUUUCUAGUUUGUAAUUUGUAUUCAUCUUCCAUCACAAACAAAAUGAAAUCUUCUAUGAGCAGAUCAACCGUUUUUCUUACAAAAUAUUUACAAUAACAAUAGUAAACUUAAUGAAUACCAAAUUAAUGGAUGUGAAAUACAGUUCUGUUGAAUGUAACUUAAACGUAAAUAAAAAUUUAAUAUGAGUCGAGUAAACCAAGCUCAGAUGAAAAAGCUGUUGGAUCUGCUCAGCGAAGACGGGGUCCUUGUUGACGGUAGAGUAAUGUACACAAACACUAAUAAACAGAACUUUUGGAGAAAUAUCGCUAACCAACUCAAUGCCGUUGAAGGUGGAGUCUAUAAAAACACUUGGAAGUGGUGCAAAAUGUGGGCUGAUUGGAAGAACAAGACCAAAAAGAAAGCUAAUAUAAUACUGAGAAGGAAAAGCUACAGUUUAGUACAACCAACACCAACAUUAACUAACUUAGAACUGAGACUGUUGAAGAUAAUUAAUUAUCCUAUGGAUGAUAAACAAGACGCAUUGAGAUUGGAAAUGGUUGUAAGCAAAGAGGAAAUGCCAGAAAAUGCAGAUGAAUUUCAAGUUGAGUUUCUAAAUGAGGGUUAUGGAGAUGGUGACAUGCAUUCAAGGGACAAGAGCUCUUCAGAAGAUGAACCAUCAAACUGUUAUGAAAGAGUAUCCAGUAAAUUUUGUGAUGUGGAUGAUAUUUUACCAGAUGAUAAGUUAGAGGAUGAUCAAGAAACAUCAGACUAUGAGCGAAACAGUGACUUAAGAGUUUCAGAAAAAGUGUUAAAGAAGAGAAAAAUGUCUCUAGAGGAGUAUAAAGUGAGAACAACAUUAAAAAUUGAAAAAGAGAGAGUGCAACAGAAAGCAGAAGAGUUAAGACUAAGAGCAAUAGAGUUAAAAUUAAAAGGAGAAGAGUUAAGACUGAAGGAAAUGGAGAUGAACAAAAUUAAUUUUUUGACAAGUAUAGAAGAGGAGAAAGUGAAAUGUUUUAGAGAUAUAUCAUCAUCACUAAAAGAGUUAUCAGAACGUACGAGAAGUGGAAAUCUACGAUUUCACAAUGCUAUCUAGUAACUAAAUUAAAAACAGAAAAAUAUAUAUUUGUUAAAAAGACUAUUUGUAAUUCAAAUAAU